AUGCGUCAGAAUCGGCCCACGCGUCGGCUGAAGCUGUUCAACAACCGGUUGAGUGCGCCCCGAGCCUUGUGCGAUUACGCGGAGCAUCCAGUCUGCGGCGUCGGAUCCGCAGGCGGACUACAAGAGAUACAUUUGAGCCACAAUUCUCUCAGGGUCGGCCUCCUGGAGGGCCUGCUGGAGGCCGUCGCCCGCGCCCGCGGGAGCGGACGGCGGCGACUCGCGCCGCUCUGGCUGAGGGUCGAGAGGAACGAGGGUCUGCCAGAGGCGGCGAGGCACAUCACCGAGGACGCGAAGGAGUUCUGUGGCCUGCGGCUCUGCUUCGACGGCGCGCGCCAGGGCUACGUCGGCUGCGGGCCGCACAAGUGCAAGCACGGUGCCGUGGGCGGCUCCUCCUCCCUUGGACGCGGGAGGCUUCUGGGUGAACGACGGUUGCGGAGUGCUGGAGACCCUUGGUGA